AUGCUCGCCUAUGUGGAGUGCGUCACCACAGUUCCACUCGGCAGCUUGAAGCCGGCCAAAGGCAUGACAGGUUUUGAAGAUCCAGUGGGAAGCCUCGUCUGCGGAGUCGUCCGCGAAUUACAGGUCGUAGACUAUAUUCAUGAAAACGCACGUUGGGAUCUGCAUACAUCGGAUGUUGGGGAGCUGCCCAUCAAUUCUAAAGACGAUGCGGAUCCAGGGGCUUUCUUCACUGUAGGCGUCCAUCAGGAAGGCAAAGAACAUCGAACUGCGGGGGGAGUUCGACGAAUCCGUCCUGGUCGGAAUGUUCAGCUUAAUGAGAACGAAAUUCGAGGACUUUGCCUUAAGUCAAGGGAAAUAUUUCUCAGCCAGCCCAUUCUUCUUGAGCUAGAGGCUCCCUUGAAGAUUUGCGGUGACAUUCACGGACAGUACUAUGAUCUUUUGCGCCUUUUCGAAUAUGGGGCUUUCCCGCCCGAGGCCAAUUACCUUUUCCUCGGUGAUUACGUCGACCGCGGCAAGCAGUCUUUGGAGACCAUAUGCUUGCUCCUUGCGUAUAAGAUAAAGUAUCCGGAAAAUUUCUUCCUCCUCAGAGGAAAUCACGAGUGCGCUUCAAUUAAUCGAAUAUAUGGAUUUUAUGACGAAUGUAAGCUUUCAUUACUUUCCUGCUUCUCGUUUACUUAA